UAAAAAUAUCAUAUAUUGAGCACAUAACACUCAUAUAUGUGUGGUGUGUAUUUGAACAAAGGCAAAAGAUCGCAUGUCCAGUACGAAAAUGACUCCAUGGAUGAAUUCCAUACACCUUAUCCACAAAAAGAUUUGUAAGUAUGGUGGACAACAUGAAUCUCUGUCUUCUCCUUCUCCUCUUUAUCUCUGUCAUCCUCCCGGUUUGGAGCGAGCCGACGCCCGCCCCAUGGCCGCUGCAGUUCCACUCGACGCAGGUGCUGAGAAACAGGCAAGGGCAGCUUCAAAUCAACGAGCUCUGGUACGAUUGGCCCAACGGCCGCAACCUCAACAUCAUCUACAAACAACUGGGGGAAAUCAUCUACGAUUUGGAGUGGGACAACGGCACCUCCUACUACUACACGCGCGAGCAGUGUACCACCAUGCAUUUUCCGGUGGGAAUUCUCCGCCCUAAUUUUCUCGACGGCGCAAACUACUUGGGGCAGCAGCGCAAGGACGGCUUCCUCUGCAAUGUGUGGGAGAAGGUUGGUUUCAUUUGGUAUUACGAGGAUGUUGUCACCAACACGCCUGUUUCUUGGACUUUCUACUCAGGGCUGAGUACACAAGUGAUGACAUUCGAGGUGGGGAAAGUGCUUGACGACUCCAAUUGGCAAGCCCCUGUUUACUGCUUUGAGGAGGCCAAGAUUAAGCAAGAUCAUCAUCCUCUCCUUCAAUCACCAUUUCCUUUAAUCAGAGAUGUCUAGUCGUCUUCGUUUUCUCCUUUAAUUUACAGUAAUUUCAAUCCUAUGUAUCACUACUUUUGUUUAUCAGAUUACAAUCUUUCAUACACAAAAAUAGCUAUAUUAUGUUGUUUUAA